CGAGGCGAUGUUCAGGCUUUUUCUCUCGCGAGGAAGGACGCCGUUAUCGGAAUCCCUACAAACAACACGAGAAUUCAUCAUUCACACGAUGCACCCACAUUAGGAGUCUUGCUCAACAAGAAGCCAACACUAGUCUGAAUGAUGUCGGAACAAGAUUUGGCAGAGAUGGUACAGAUAGCAGUGGAGGACUUGGGCCAGGGUGACCAGACUGAUGUGUUGGACAAUCAUGAAGAUUGUGAUGACAAGCCUGACAGGAAAAGGCCAAGGGUGGACAACGGCUCCCAGGAUGCAUCUCUAAAGACCUUGUUGUACUCCAUCAGCCAGACGAUCUGCCAGCGUCUGGACAACAUGGAGGCCAAGCUGCAGGUGGUGGAGGCGACGUGCCGGGCCCUGGAGAGGAAGCUGGAUGCCGUCGUCAACAAGAACCAGGCGCCCAUCCAGGUCCCCAUGGUGGCCGGUUCCCCUCUGGGGGCCACCCAGACCUGGAAUAAAGUGCGCUGUGUUGUUCCACAGACCAAUGUGAUAGUGAGCCAAGACCGACCAAAGGGCCAGGAGGAGCCAGUAGCUCGAGGGGCAGAUUCCCUGGAGAACCUCCUUAGCAACACGGUGGGCGGGCGGAGGCAGAACACGUUCCUGGUGAAGGUGCCAGUGCCGGAGGACAGCCAGGAGGACCAGGAGAGCGGCUCAGAGGCCAGUGACUCGGUGUCCAACAGCGGCCAGACCAACAACGCCCAGAGCACCCAGAACGUCACCCUCAUCACCCUCAACUCAGAGGAUGACUACCCAGCAGGUACGUGGCUUGGCGACGAGAACAAUGCAGAGAUGCGCGUGCGCUGCCCAGUGUCGCCUGGCGACAUGCUCCACAUCAGCACCAACUGCCGCACGGCGGAGAAGAUGGCGCUGACACUGUUGGACUACCUAUUCCACCGCGAGGUGCAGGCCAUCUCCAACCUGUCGGGCCAGGGCAAGCACGGCAAGAAGCAGCUCGACCCACUCAUGAUCUACGGCAUACGCUGUCACCUGUUCUAUAAGUUUGGCAUCACUGAGUCGGACUGGUACCGUAUCAAGCAGAGCAUUGACUCCAAGUGUCGCACUGCGUGGAGACGCAAGCAGCGCGGCCAGAGUCUGGCGGUCAAGAGCUUCUCCAGACGUAGCACCAACGCACCGGGAAGCUCAGAGGGUGGCGCUGUGGUGGAGGCAGCCCAACAGACUCUACACUACACCCUGGCCAACCAGGCUGUCCAGCAGGUCCAGAUCCACCGCAUAGGAGAGGAUGGACAGGUGCAAGUGAUCCCUCAGGGACAUCUCCACAUUGCCCAGGUGCCACAGGGGGAAGAGGUGCAGAUCACACAGGACAGUGAGGGGAAUCUUCAGAUCCACCAGGUGCAUGUUGGGCAGGAUGGACAGGUGCUGCGUGGGGCCCAACUGAUAGCGGUGGCGUCAGCUGACGGGGGGACCACAGCAGUGGAGGGCUCCCCCCUACAGGCCAGUGACAUACAGGUGCAGUAUGUCCAACUGGCCCAAGUCAACGACCACACCGCUACUGUACAGGUGGCGGAGCUGGCCCCAGCAAUGCAGGGUGAGAUGGAGGUGAAGGAGGGAUCCCUCCAUCUGCCAGCGGGGGAGAAUGGGGAGGUGUUGCAGAUCGUCACCACUGUGGGCACAUAAGGGCCCCCGAGGGCCUGGAGAGAGAUGGCCAGCACCCUACGACAGAGCUACAGAGGUGUAGGUGGAAGGGAUGGAGAAGUGGGGGGGUUCAUAGACAGAUCGUUAAAUAUACAAUUAAAUAAAUGAGAAAGUUAGCAAAUGUCAACAGAAGAGAUCAAGAGAAGUGUUUUUGUUAUUUUAUAUUGACUUGGUCCAGCAACCACUCUGUUCGUUCAUUGUCAACCAACAGUAUGGAAAUGUCCAUAGAGCACACAGACUUUUUUACAGCUUCUAUCAAGAACUAGUUAACUCACAUUGUCGUCAUCAGAACAGGAAGAGGACCAGAAGACCUCGCCUGGGCACAGUGCAGGGGAUUAAAUCCUACCCAUAAAGGAUGCUGCUCAGGCAGACCAUCACUGCCUACACCUCAGCAUCAGCGUGAAAUGUUUACGUCAACUCUGGAAAAGCAUGGAGCUAUUAGAAGUUAAGCCGCUCGGCUCAAUAUCCCCCUCUUGAGGGGUUACAGUAGGCUAGGCUAACGCCCUGGACCCGUACUUCUUACAACCAAUACUGUACUGUUCUCCUCUCUAGCAUCCUGCAAUCGUGUCAUGCCGGACUACUGUGGAAAGUAGAACAAGCCAAGACAGGCACUUACUCAUGGUUGAGUUUUCUGUCUUUUUUUCUUUCUCUCUGUUUGUACAUCAUUUCUGGGAUGGACCCCGACUUUCUUCGCCAUCUUUUCCCAUAUUUUUUUCAUAUUGGUUAACCCACAUAGCUUUUGUUUGUUUGUUCCAUGUACAUAAUUGUACCAUGCCUAAAUAUUUGCAGAGCUUUGGUUGGAGGUAGACGACCAUGAAAUAGCAAAGAUGAUGUUCAUGAUAAUACAUGACAAUGAGUUACAUGUAGAGUACCCAGAAUUAUUUUUAGUUUUUUUUGUUUUUCCUGCUAUAUUUCUGUGAAGGAUAUAUUCGUGUGAAUAAAAUGUUUUGUGGUUGCCACAAA